CACUAGAAAAUCUCUAAAUACACGAAUCAUAUGAUCACCUUGGACAUUUGUGAAUUUUCCUCAGAAGGUGGAGGCGUAGAGUAAGAUUAUUAGCCGAAAUAAUCUAGUGUUUUACGAUUUUUAGUGUUAAAUCCCGGUGAGAACAAGGCGCGAAGAUGGCUCUAAGCGACGCAGAUGUCCAGAAACAGAUCAAGCACAUGAUGGCCUUCAUCGAGCAGGAGGCCAAUGAGAAGGCUGAAGAGAUUGAUGCAAAGGCCGAGGAGGAGUUCAACAUUGAGAAGGGACGUCUUGUCCAGCAGCAACGUCUCAAGAUCAUGGAAUACUAUGAGAAGAAGGAGAAACAAGUUGAACUCCAGAAGAAGAUUCAAUCUUCCAAUAUGCUCAAUCAGGCUCGUCUUAAGGUGCUCAAAGUUCGUGAGGAUCAUGUGAGAAAUUUACUCGAUGAGGCAAGACGACGUCUGGGCGAGGUCACGAAAGAUCCGGCCAAAUAUGGUGACGUUCUUCGCACACUUAUUGUUCAGGGAUUGUUCCAACUUAUGGAGCCAAAUGUGCUUGUGAAGACACGCCAAGUGGAUCAGAAUAUUGUGCAGAGUGUCCUGCCGCGUUCUGUUGAGGAGUACAAAGAUCAGAUUGGUAAGGAUGUCGUAGUGACACUCGACACGGAAAAUUACCUACCAGCUGAUGCUUGUGGGGGAAUUGAAUUGUCUGCCCUCAAUGGGCGCAUUCGUGUGCCCAAUACCCUGGAGUCCCGCUUGGAGCUCAUUUCGGCUCAAUUGCUGCCAGCUGUGCGUACUGCACUCUUUGGUCGCAAUGCCAAUCGUAAAUUCACGGAUUAAGGAGGCACAUCUACGCUCCUCCCCAGUCAACAUUAUCCCAUCAUUAUUAAAAAAAAAAUAAUAAUAAUACAAGUUAAAGAAAACGAACGCUUCAAAAUUCCACACAUUCCCCGGGCACUGUAAUGAAUUCCCUUAAAUUUUUUUUGAUUCUUCCAAAAAAUAAAAAUAAAAUAAAAUCCCAAAAGUGAGGUGAAAAUUAUGGAGAUUCCAACUCCAAAUGCUGCCAUCUGAAACUCACAAUUGACUUGCGCAAUUGUCAACAGCAUCUUGCUUUGCAGUCACCAAAGUUGUGCUAGAGAAGGAAUCACAGAACCCAAAGGUUCAAUCAACAUCCGAUUCGUCUUGUGCGAACUUUGCUGCCAGUUUCAAAGCAAUUCGAUGAUUGAGUGACUCAAUUGUGGUUUGUUUACAGUGAUUUUAUGUUUUUGCAUAAUUUGACGUUUGUCCCUUUUUUAUUUGAUUUCAUUUUAAAAUUGUUUAUUUUUUUUUGUUUCUCCUGGAAAUGUAAAAGAUUAGAAAAUAAUCAGUGAUAUUCUCGCGACCUGACGAUCACUUCGAAUUCUGCAAAAACACAUCUUGUUACAAAAUUGUUUUAUUAAAACAAAAAAUUUCCAAUUGAUUCCAACUUUCAAUUGAUUUGGUAUUUGCCCCCUUUUUCCAGGAUCUUGAAAACUUUUUUUCACGUUGUCGUUCAUUGCAGAAAAAAAACAACAUUUAAAUAUUUGCAUUGUGUAAUAAUUCAGAAAACAAAAACAUUGUAAUGUUAUAAAAUAAAUGUAGAUGAAAUGUAAUUGUAAAGAAUUAUUGAAGAAAAAAAAACACAAUUAAAAAAAAUAUAUGGUAUGGGAUAAUAUUAACACUGUUCUUCUCUUAUUAUUGAAAAAAAAAGUGUAUCCUAGUAUGUAUUUAUUAGACAAUACAUGAGAAAAAAGUAUUACGUGAAUUAGAAAAUAUGUCAAGAAAACACUAAAUUCAUCAUACAAAAUGGUGUAAAUAUGUAUAGAUGUGAAAUUACUGAAUAAAAUGUUGAGAAAAAUA